CCCAUUCCAAGGGAUUCCCAUUCCGAUUCCGAUCACAAACCAAACGGACCCUGAGAUUCUUUUCAACUUCGUGUUGUUCGUUGUUGAAUCUUCUCAACUCAGGGAACCGAGACUCUUAUCAACUUUGUUGUUUGUUGGAGAGAUCCCAAAAUCCAAUUCGUUGGAGAUUUACCAGGGACGUUUAUGGUUGCCUCUAUUGUUCGAAGGACUUUCAAUGGAUUCUUCAGCUGAUAGUAAGUUGAUCUGACUGAACCCUACUGCUCAAUGAGUACUAUAUCUCAAGCUAGAAGCAUUGGCCUUCCACUGAUGAAUAUUGUAAGAUUUAAAGGCGCACCCAUUCUACAUCAACUAUACUUGGAGGAACAGCUUCUUCGGACCUCCUCAGAGAAUUGGUGUGUCAUCAAUGAUGGAACAAAUAUUCCCACCAUUGUCAUGGGGAUUUCAGGGAAACCCUCUGAGCUUCUUGAAGUUAGAUCUGUGCUGCAAGAUCAGGUUCCUGUUGUAAGAAGGUUUAGCGGUGGAGGUACCGUCAUUGUUGAUCAUGGGACACUAUUUGUCACUUUCAUCUGUAAUAAAAAUGCUGUUCCUGGUGUACAGCCAUAUCCUCAGCCAAUCAUGUCCUGGAGUAGCACAUUAUAUAAUGAAGUGUUUCAAGGGAUUGGUCACUUCCACCUACGUGAAAAUGAUUAUGUGUUCGGUAACCGCAAGUUUGGUGGCAAUGCCCAAUCUAUUACAAAAAACAGGUGGGUCCACCAUACCUCCUUUUUAUGGGAUUAUGAGGCAAGAAACAUGGCCUACUUGAAACUACCUAUGCGGACUCCAAAGUAUCGAUUGGUGUCACUUUGGUUUGAUUUGACCCGGAUGGUCAGACUGUUUGGCUCGGGAACCGUUCAGACAAUUGGUUUCAUUUUAUCCUAAAUCCGGUUUCUAGUAAAAAAUCGUUGAAUCGAUCAAUGAACUGUGACCUGGGAAGUUGUCGUUGACCCAUUCAAUAGUUUUUGGCCACUUUUAAAAUUUAAUUAUUUUUUAAAUUUAUUUUGCUAGAAUGGGCUGUCCGUUUAGACUAAAUGAUUGAACCGUCAACUCAAACCGAUGGCCAGAACAGUUUCAAUUCUGAAUCGUUUUUUAAAACAUUGCUCAAAAUGACAUUACAUAUUCCUCUUGCCAUCCUUUGUUGAUAGGCCGAAUUUGAACCCAUCCUUACAUCAUGGAACAAGAUAAACCUGUCUUUUUAGGCAACUAUCAUAUUGGAAAGACAUGGUAUCAGAAAAUCUUAUGACCCCAAUCGAUAUCAUUAAAGUGGUAAUGAGUGGUAUUCAUCAAAGUUUACCUCGGGAGGUAUUGAUUGGUCAAAUAUCAUACCUUUUCAGCAUAUAGAUGCACCCAUAUUAUAUUAUAUGGAUAAUACUAAUAAAAGCAGAGGUACAAUCAGUAUUGCAUAGACUCUCCUGAAUGGAUGACUUGUCCAUAUUGGACAGGCAUCGAGUCUUGACACUCCACGAUUUUCUUUGGACCCUGUUACAUAUCAUUUUUUUUUUUUUAAUAUCUCAUGGCAACAUAAAUGAACAGCUAAUUUAUGAGAUGAAUGCCACUUUUUCCCAUGGAUUUCAAAAUCGGACUGGACCAGAAAAAUUGGCAAUUCAUUCAGACUGAACAGUCGGACCAUUUGACCUAGGAAUUGACCCUAGAACGGUUCCUUUUUUGGGUGGUUGAACCUUCAAACCGUUGAUCUAGAUAAUGGUUUUUUACUAUUUUUUAAUUUUUUUCUGUAAGAACAGGCCAUUCAUUCAGACUGGACAGUCAGACCGUUUGACCCAGGAACCGGACCCAGAACGGUUCUCUGUCCGAUCUGAUUUUAAAAACCUUGUUUUUUCCUAUCAAAUGCACCAAGUAACAAAGUCAAUACUUUUUGUAGGUGUAAAUGUUAGAAUUUGAAAAAUAUGAACUAUUUUUAUAGUAUAUACUUUUCAGUAGAUGUGUCCAUGGGUUAGACUCUAUCUCAACUCUCAUGUCUGUGCUCAUACAACACACUAGAUACAGGGAUGAUGUCAAUUGGAAGAUUGAAUAGUUUGAUCAAUUCAGAUGGUCUCUAAGCGGCCCACCAAGUAGGAAAGCUCCGACUUUACCUGAUUACAUACAUAGAUGUACAUAGAAUAAAUUUCAAAGUACUGCAACAUUUCAUUGAAUAUCAUAUGAUACAUAUCAGUUUUCAGGGUCACUGAAGAUUGAAUACUUAAAACUAUUUAAUAGCUUCAAAUGUUAAUAUUCAUCUUAACAUUUUUUUUGUGGUUAAGAAGUUAAGAAGAAAAUAAUGGAGUAUUAAAGUGAUUAAAUGCCCAGUACUCAAUUUUUGACUGUUGAGCAUCUGGAUAGUUUGACUAUUGAGCAUCUGCAUACUCUGAACCAUGGCUUGUACCAGACAUGUUUCAAACACAUUCACAUGUCUGAGACCAUAAAUGAAUAUGGGUGGACCAGAACAAGAGUCUAGUUUUGCAAGACUGAAAUCUUUCAUUCAACAAGUAAAUGUUUAGUUGCAAUAGGUCAAAUAAAGUGGUACCACGGUCUACAGCCAGUGUUGUGGACCCUUUUCAAAAAGUGUUUAGAAGGAAUGUUUUAUCUAAUUGAAUAGGGGUUAUAUAAUCCUGACUGUGGAGCCGCUUCCUUUUCUAUGAUUCUAUUCAUUCUUGAGGUGAAAGAAAUAAUCCAGUGGAUUUUGUUGAAGGAUCUAAAGCCCUGGCUUAGAUCCCAGUGUAUUCCAUCAUGUCCCAAUUACAAUAGUCGAGAAACCAUUACAUUCCAAGCAUUGAAAUUCUAAUUUUAUGUGUUCUGUCAAAUCGUUAUGUCUAUUUCUAAGUUUUAAAUCUAUAUACAGUUUGGGUUUUGUAUUCAUCAACUUGUACGCUCUGUUUUAACCAAAGAAAAAACCUGUACGUUCUUCUAUGAUUGGGGGGUUGGGAUACUGGCUCUAUUUGUUUUUAUUCAAUAGGGAGAAUCAAAUCAGAGCAUGGUGUCUCGAUAGUAAAUAUAUGUUCAAGUGGUAGUCGUCCAAUGCCAAUGGUACCUUCAUCCGGUUCUUGAUGAGUCAUCUGAUGGUCCCUUUUUCUUUUAUUUUUUGUUUGUCUCUGUGCACGUGUGGUGGUGCCCUUUUUCUUUUUAUCUUUUUUGGUGGGUUGGUCAUUGUGCAAUCUCUGGAGCUAAUUAAACCUACGCAAGCAUAUGUCCUUUCCGUCCAAGGCAUAGGCUAGCAGCUCAGCUCAGCACAUCACCGUAUUGCACAAGGCUUUUGAAAAUUGAAGUGUGAUGUUUUGAUACUAGCUUGUGGUUAACUUGCUAAUGUUAGGUUACCUACUACUUUCUGUU